GAUUUUUUCUUGUUUAGUAUCGUUAUCAUCAGAAUUACUCACCGCUAACCCCAAAUUUUGCACUCAUGCCACAGCCACAAAUUUCUCUUCUGAAAUCAAAUCAUGCUCAUCAUUUCUACGUUCAACCGCCGCUCACUCGGCUAAUUCCCCGCCGCCAAAAUCUCACUUUCCGCCGCAAACCUGAGCCUAACCCUAACAAAUUCAAUCUUAAAUGCUGUCUCAGUUCUAAUAACAAUCAGAAUAUCAUCAACCCUUUACGUAUUACAACAAACCCUAAUAAUUUCCAUGAUGAAAAAGGCGAAAAGAAUGCGAAGAACGACGACGUUUCGAUCAAAAACACGAAUAUUUUCGAAGAGUUUUAUAGUGUCAUUGCAGAAACCCUAAAAAAUUCAUGUCGAAAUUAUUCCAAAGCAGUUAAUUUAGCAGUAACCUGUAUGGCAAUUGCUUUGAUUUUUAUGAGCGGCUAUGAUUCUGCAUUAGCCUUGUCCGGUGGCCGGAUGGGGGGCCGUUCGAGUUCGAGUUCUCGUAGUAGUCGUAGUGGCGGCAGAUAUAGUGGCGGCGGAGGCAGUCAUCACAGCGGUUAUUACAGCUAUAAAAGUAAAACGGAAUAUGGUGAAAAGAAACUUGAUGAACAAGAAAAAGUUGAGAAUCUGAAUUCUGAGGAAAUAUUAUUCCUAGUGAUUUUGUCGAGUUCUAUAAUAUUUAUUUUAAUUGGAUUCCUUUACACUGAAAUUCCGUUUCAUCAUAUCUCAAUACUUCAGGUUGCGGUAUAUGAUGCAGAAGGAACAUUUCGAAGGGAUCUUAAUGGAAUUGCUGAAAAGGCCGAUACAUCUAGUAAUUCGGGUUUGCGUCGUGUGCUUUUAGGUACCACAAAUUUAUUGCUCAAGAAUCUUGAUUCUUGCAUCUCUUGCGAUUCUCAUUUGCUUACAAGAAGAUAUUAUUUGGAGGAUGCUAUGGAAACAUUCGAUCGACAUUCUUUGGCAGAAAGGGCGAAAUUUGAUGAAGAAACACUUGUUAACGUGGACAACAAGAAAAUAGGAAAAUCAUCAAAACAAGACACAAAAUUAACCAAAGGCUACACAGUGGUAACAAUCUUGGUUGGUACCGAGGGAAUGUAUUUCAGUAGUAAAUUGCCAACAAUCAAUAACGUUGGAGACUUGAAGAAAGCUCUGCAAACAAUACAAUCCAUUAAGCUCUCUGAACUUGAAGCAGUUGAGGUUUUAUGGGCUCCCCAGAAAGAAAAUGAAUUGAUAACAGAGAAUGAACUUCAAGCAAAGUACCCAUUUGUCCACUGUCAUCAAUUAAGGAGUGUCAAUAUGGGUCUAGUCUGAAUGGUUAAGUCGUUUUUAAGUGUAUUGAAAGGUUGUGGGUUCGAACCACUGCUCGGCAACUAACAACUAAUAUGAGACUCUAAAAAAGUCGAUUUUCACCUUUGAUAGAAAAAAAUAUCAAUUAAGGAGCCAAAAUGCAAUUACUGGAAAUUAGCUAUAUUUGUCCUUUAAUUUUAAUUAAACUGUGAAGCAAUAAUUUAUCAACUAUAUCAUAAAA